AUGGCCCGCUACAGCGACUACGUGCCUCUGCCAGUCUGGUCGGACAGCGAACCUGGGAACCCUCACAAGGCCAAGAAUACGCAUGAGAAACGGCGGAAGAUCGUGCAAGCCUUGCUCGCGCUUUCCGUCGUCGGCAACCUCUAUUUCUGUUGGGCGUUCUUCACGUCGUGGCCAAAUCCGCUGGAUAACUACCAAGCAUUGAAUCGCCACCCGAUCAUCGAUACUGCAGCGCUGGCCGCCAUCGGGCCGGUCAACCCGCAGGACAAUGCAGUCGUGACAGGCCUAUACACGGAUGCAUUUGCGACGGCAGUCGCCACGCUCGGCCACACGCUCAACGUAGCAAACUCCUCCGCAUCCCGCAUCCUCUUCUACCUCCCCGAGAAGAUCUCGCGGCGUGCGCUCUGCAUAGCCACCGUGAGUGGCUGGGAGCCAGUGCCGGUCGAGCGCAUCGCGCCACCACACUCCGGGGUACACCGCCACUUCCUCGAUCAGUACUCGAAGCUGCACCUCUGGACGCUCGACACGCGCGGCUUCAGGAGCGUCGUGUACGUCGACGCGGACACGGUCGUGCGCCGCUCGUUCGACGAGCUCUUCCGCCUCCCCUACUCCUUCGCCGCGGUCCCCGACGUGUACCCCGGCGCGCAGGGGUACACGACCGCGUUCAACGCGGGCGUGAUGAUGCUGCGCCCGGACUCCGCGCUGUUCCGCGACAUGGUGGGGAAGAUCGCGAGCGCGCACUACCCCGCGGAGCAGGCCGAGCAGGCGUUCCUCAACCACUACUUCGGUGCGGAGGCGCUGCGGCUGCCGUACGCGUACAACGCGAACCUCGCGAUCAAGCGGCGCACGCCCGCGCUGUGGGCGGGGCUGCAGCAGGAGAUGCGCAUCAUGCACUACACGAUGGCGAAGCCGUUCCUGCAGGGCGACUACGACGAGGUCCCGAUGGACAGGCUGGAGAAGAACGCGGAGCGGGUGAUGCGGAAGAAGUCGGGGUACAAGGAGGAGAUCGCGGAGUGGCUCGAGCAGUGGCUGGAGACGCGGAGGACGUACGGGUCGAAGCUCGCGAAGUGCAAUGCUCUGACAUGA